CGCUGGAACUGACAAGGGAGGGACGAUCGUUAUGUCUCGAUUAUUUGAGUUUUUCAAGACAACCCCCACCCUUCCUGUCGCGGGUGCCCUAGGAGGGAUAUACUUGGCGUAUUAUCUUUUAAAUGUUGUCAAGAAGCCCCUGAUUGCAUGCAGUGAUCAGAAGUUCAAAGACUUCCUGUACAAGCACUGCCCAAUACUGAGAGAGAAGUUCUGGCCGACAGUUUGGUGUUUCGACCCCAGACUACAAACCAUUCUCAGAUAUGUCAUUCAAGCGCCACCCAAAAUGGAUGCAUACAGAAGUGAGCUGAUAAAGACUUGGGACGACGGUGAGAUUAAACUCGAUUGGCAGGAUAGCGUAAACAGCCCCAUCCCGUCCGAGGUGCGUCCAACCGUUCUAAUCUUGCCAGGAUUAACAGGUAGCAGUAAUGAUGCCUACAUUAAACACAUGGCCCAUGAUGCCGAGACACUGGGAUACAGGUCCGUCGUGUUCAACAACCGGGGAAAUGGAGGAUCCAAACUCCUGACGCCUAGAACAUACUGUGCUGCAAACACGGAAGAUCUGGCGUUUGUUGUUGACCACAUCAAGUCAAACUACCCAGAAGCCCCUGUAAUGGGAGUUGGCAUCUCGCUUGGAGGGAUGAUUUUGUUCAACUAUAUAUCCUCAAUGGGGCCCAACUGUAAGCUGGUUGCGGCCAUGUGUAUCUCGGUAAGCUGGAAUGUUUUCGAGUCGACGCUUUCGCUUGAGAAGCCAAUCAACUACUUCCUCUUCAACAAGAUGCUGGCCAGAUUACUGACGAGUGCUGUACACAGAAAUAUUCAUCUGUAUGAAGACCAUUACGAUAUGAACCAUGUGUUGAAGAGUGCGACUAUCCGAGAGUUCGAUCACCGAUUCACUCACAAGCUGUUUGGUUACGAUUCGCUGGAACACUACUACACAGAGGCGUCGCUACACAAAAAGAUCCACACAUUGAAAAUCCCUGUCCUGUGUCUGAGUGCAGCUGACGAUCCCUUCGCUCCAUACCACUCCAUCCCUUUAAAAGACGUGGAUGAAAACGGAAACAUCGCCAUCAUCGUGACAUCGCAUGGCGGUCACAUCGGCUUCAUGGAGGGUCUGUUUCCGCGACACAAGAACUACAUGUACCGCCUCUUCCAGCAGUUCACAGCCGCUGUGUUCACACACCGAAUCACAGACGCCGUGUUGGGCGGGGCCGCAGACUGCACGGACGAACAGACUUCAAUGCCUGCAAGUUAAUCAGACGCCAGUCAUAGAGAAUUCGCGUAACCAAGUUUUAAUAAUUUACAAUAGUAUAAUUACGAACUUCCCACCGUUAUGAGAUAUAUCAGAGUUCGAAGUUAAUAACUUAAAACUAGCGUUUAUUAGUUUGCAUUACCAUAGUUUGACACCCAAUAGCCAAUGUAUAUUUCAUGCUGGGGUGUCGUUAAACAUUCAUUCAUUCAUUCUCUUAAAGCUAGCGUAUCCAAGUUUUAAUAAUUUACAAUAGCAUAAUUACGAACUUCACACCUUUAUAUGUUAUAUCAGAGCUUGAAGUUAAUGACAUAAAACUAGUGUAACCAAGUUUUAAUCAUUUACAAUACAGUGAAACCCCUCUAAACCGGACACCCUCAGGACCAAGUAAAACGUCUGGUUUUAAGAGGUAUCCGGUUCAGAGGUUCUUUUCUGCACAGAUAUUUAAAAAGGGACCAUGAAAAACAUCGGUUUUGAGGGAAUUCAGGUUUACGGAGGGUCCGGUUUUGAGAGGUUUCACUGUAGUAUAAUUAUAAACUUCCCACCGUUAUAAGAUUUAUCAGAGCUCGAAGUUAAUGACUUAAAACUAGUGUAACCAAGUUUUAGUAAUUUACAAUAGUAUAAUUACGAACUUCUCGUCGUCAUAAGAUAUAUCAGAGCUCGAAGUUAAUGACUUAAAACUAGCGUAACCAAGUUUGAGUAAUUUACAAUAGUAUAAUUACGAACUUCUCGUCGUCAUAAGAUAUAUCAGAGCUCGAAGUUAAUGACUUAAAACUAGCGUAACCAAGUUUUAGUCAUUUACAAUAGUAUAAUUACGAACUUCUCGUCGUUACAAGAUAUAUCAGAGCUCGAAGUUAAUGACUUAAAACUAGCGUAACCAAGUUUUAGUCAUUUACAAUAGUAUAAUUACGAACUUCUCGUCGUUACAAGAUAUAUCAGAGCUCGAAGUUAAUGACUUAAAACUAGCGUAACCAAGUUUUAGUCAUUUACAAUAGUAUUAUUACGAACUUCUCGUCGUUAUAAGAUAUAUCAGAGCUCGAAGUUAAUGACUUUAAACUAGUGUAACCAAGUCAGGGUUCGAAAUUAAUGAUGGCACCGAUGGCAAUUGCCGUCGUUGAGAUAUAAAUUACCCUUGGUUGGGAGCAUCACCGACGGAACUUUUCUGACACUGGUUAAAAAUGUCUGACGUCUGUAAAGCUCCUCAACAAUGUCACACUGUAUAAUAUACCAGCCCUGAGUGCUGCCAGACCGAGUAGAAAAACGUCUGCUAGACCGGUUUAUACGCUUCAUGUUAAACCAAAUACCAUGUCGAGAAUCAAUCAAAUAGUUAGUGAAACGUUGGCUAGCUGAACUUGGGGCUGGUGUAUAUUAUCUGCUAGUAUUUAACAUUUGUGCUUUUCAAAUAUGUCUUUAGGUAAUGUUGAUUUGCUGCAAAAGUCACUUUUGAAAAAAACUCAAAAUUGCUGUCAGUUGGCCGUUUCACCCAUGGCUAUUUUUUUGUCAAUACUGCCGUAGUCAACAAAUUCUUAAGUUCAAGCCCUGAUUAAGCUAUUCUGAUUGGACGACGUCACUAAAAAUGUGAAUGUUAUCAUUUCAUAAACCUCAGAAAAUUACGUAAAUAAGUUGAGGGGAAAUCUUACUGUUGGGUCAAAAUGUAAAAGUCAUUACACCUUGAAAUUUUCACAUAUAAAAAUAUCCUUAUAUUACUGGAAUGUCCAAAAGAAAAUUGGAGGUCACAAGACAAAAUUUUGAUCCACAGCCAUAAAGCGAAUAAGUGUAUGAAUCACUAUAACAUUUCUUUUUUUUUCUGUGUCUGGUCAAAUCAACUGCUUUAUAUCCAUUAACCAUAUGAAAUUUAACCUUUUUUGUAAUGCAACAAAGACAAAAGUAGUUAUAAUGCUUAAAAUGAAAUCUGACAGACACACAAGUACAUAUCUUCGAUAGUAAAACAGAGUUAAAUACAAUGGAACUAAAGAAAACAGUGACCUUUUUAAACAUUUAAAUGAUUCUACGGCUGCCCAAAAUGGUGGUGUGCUGCAUGCAGUAGUAAGAUUUCCCUUUAAAUAGGACGUUGUUAUGUAAAACAGGUCAUAAAAAGUACAUGUAUGUUAGAAACUAAUUUGUUUUUGUAUUAAUACCUAUAUAAGUCAUGUUGUUUGUAAUUAUAUGAAUUGUUUGUCAUUUUUUUUACAUAGUUGUACAGGCUCCCAUUUUUGUAGGGAAGCAGGCUGGUUUUUGCCUGAAUUAAACGAAAAUGCCUGAAUCUGGAUAACAACAUUUAUUCAUAUUGGCAUUACUACCGAACAGUUUUAUAUAGGUUUGCAAAUGAAUCACUACAUAUUUUUACAUGGAUUACAACUAAUUUUGAGGGUAGAAUGAUGAAAAUAUAUGGUGAAAAGGUCUCAAGUUAGCACAUUUUGCCCCAAUAUCUUAUCAUUUACGCCAGAAUUUGAGGUUUUGCUCCAGCACUAGGAGAGCAGUUACCCUCCCCUGCUCCCCUGUCUCUUUUUUUGUGAAUUCAUCAAUGUAUAACAUUCACAAGUUUGGUAUAAAAUUGCUUUACAACGCUACUCGAUUUUAUAUAAUUUGUGACUCGAGGUCAAGCGCUUGCUUGACUCGCAGUUGUCAAUGGGCCCAUUAGGCUAUUUCUCGCUCCAGCCAGUUCACCACAACUGGUAUAUCAAAGGUCGUGGUAUGUGCUGUCCUGUCUAUGGGAUGGUGCAUAUAAAAGAUCCCUUGCUGCUAA